GCUCACAUUCAGACAUCGAGUUUGAAGCAACUCAACUUUGGGUUCCUGAAGCUCCAGCCGGAAAAACGACACUGAAAAUGAAGGCGCUCACUCUUGCCGUUGCCGUGGCCGUCGUGGUGGCAAUCAUCGGGGUUCAGCAGAGCUCUGCCGACCUGGUGAUUGAGGGACCUGAACUGAUGGACGGAUUGACCAACGGCAGCCCAGCUGCUGCUGGUCAAGACAACCCAGAGGACUCCUGGAAGAUGCCGUACACCUCAUUCCAGAGGCGCGCCCGUGGCUGCCGUUUCUGCUGCGGCUGCUGCCCCAACAUGAGAGGCUGUGGCAUCUGCUGCAGAUUCUGAGAAGCCAGAAGAAAACUUCAACUACAGUAAAAGAAAAAAAAAAAAUCACUUCUUUACAUUCGCUCAUUUAGAUGUAGUUGAAUAUCGUGUUACUUUUUGAAGGAUGUGAGUGGAUUUCAGCUUUCCAUCCAUAUCGCUUGUGGAAACACGCGGACGUUUCCUGCAAAAAUACAAAUCGCUGCAGAAGGUGCUGAUUUGAGCAGAGGUGUGAUAUUUUUUUUGCCGUAAUAAAUGUUACCCCCUCGAUA